UGUCGAAAUAUUGAAUCCCAACACGAUGGCGUGUAUUUCAAUACUUGGAGUAUGUAUUAUACUUUCUUAUCAGUUGUGACGUGGUAACAAUCAAUGACAAAAUUAAUAAAGCAGCUUAUCCAAGGUCUAUAGCUUCCUGAGAUUCUUAUGCGUGGUAGAGAACAUCCCGUCUUAUUGUCAUAAAAUGUGGAAUCAACUUUAAUAAGUAUAUAGCAGACUUGAACUACACGCAUAACGUAAUUAUACGCCUACAACCAGCAACUUUGAAGUUAACUGACAAUAUGAUUUGAAAGAUACUGAUAACAUGAUUGGAUUUAAUUCCUUAAAUUAAUAAAAAUCCAGUCUAUCUUGAACAGAACACGUAUAUGUCAUCGAAGCAACCCAGUAAGAAAUAAAAUAACAGAAUCAGAUUAUGGAGUUCAACGAGAGCAUUGAAAGGAAUUAUACAUUUGUAAAUUUUCCAGCUCCUCCAGUCGAUGUGCUUGACGUUCCAUCACUUAUCUACAUUAUCCUUGGCGCCUUGGCAGCUUCAGAAAAUACUGUCGUCUUAUAUCUUGUGAUGGCAUCGAAGAAAUUACGCAUAAAGAGAAAUGUAUUCUUAUUCAGCUUAUCUCUGGCCGAUUUCGCAGUUGGUAUUCUCUCAUUCUUAAUCUUCUUCAACAUCUUUUACGAGUCGUUUGCCUUCGGUGCAGUAUUAGAUGCAAUGUUUCUUGUGUCAAUGUUCAGCAUAAGUGCCGUGGCAAUCGAACGUUACAUUGCGAUAGUUGCCGCACCGUUUACCUACAAACAAGUGAUAACUUUCAAGCGGUGCAUUAUCGUCUGCGUGCUUUUCUGGAUUCUCACGAUAUCUCUUUUCAUAGCUGUGUACGCGUACGUAUACAAUAAAUUUACACGACUUGCUUUCUGUAUUCUCUCAUUAAUCACAAUUAUUGCAAAUUAUACUUUGUACUUCAGGAUUUCAAUAUCGCUCAGAAAAAACGACCAAAACGUCACGAAACAUCUUGGACAGAAUGCAGUUGGGAGAUCGCAGAAACUGAUUCGAUCAUUCGGAAUUCUGCUUGUAGUUGCUACCAUUUGUUGGCUUCCGCUUUGCUGUUUCUUUAUAAUAGCUGUAUUUGAUGAAAGUGUUGACGAGAAUGUAUUUGUAUUGAACAUACUUUAUUGCUUGUCUGUGAGUAAUUCGCUCAUCAAUCCAUUCAUAUAUUGGUAUCGUCUACCAGGAAUUAAAGAAGGAAUUUAUGAUCUUGCGUGUUGCUGGAGGCCUGACGUUCAGGAAAAGGACCGCGCACAGAACACUACAUCAAUGACAGUUUCAACGUCAGCAGUUUAACAUGUAUGCCUGACAUAGCUCUUAUGUGAGAAUUGAGAAGUAGGCCUAUAGGGUUAAACUUUCUCUUAUAUAAUUUAUUCCUAACACAUUUAAAGUAAUGAAAUAAGAAAGUCACAAAUAAAAUGGGGAAACAAAGAAAUCAAAUAGGCCUACGAUGUCAUUUGACAUUCGGUUCAGGUAUAUACCGUGAACAUUUUUAACUUCUCGGUCUUUGCUUGAUACGAUUAUAUCAUUAUGUUCCUAUAUUCCAGGACCUGAUAUCAUAGGGAAGGACGGAUUUGCAGCCAAACAUGAACAGUAAUCAUACAACUGUAUAAGCCUACCGGUAUGAAAUAUAAUAUUCAGUAAUUGCAACAUCUUAGUUUCUGAUUUACUUCAAUAGUGUGGAUUAUUUCACGAAGCAAGAUUUUUGUAAUUUGAAUUUGACCUAUACUUUAAAUAUCGUCAAAUAGAUAUUUAUGUGUUCCUUUUUACAUUUGAUGAGAGGAACAACGACAGCUCAUCAUACAUUAUUAUAAAAGGUUCGUUUGAAGUAUGAUUAUAAUAUUUUAUAAUCAAUAUAGGACUAUUAUAUGUUGAUAAAUUUACCGCAUAAUCUUUAAAAUAUAACGGACGACGUAGUCGAUAGAGUAAUAAGAAAGACGGUUGCAAUUUGUAGAAUAUACACAAAAUAUUUUAUUAUACUCGAAAGAAAAAAAAUGAUAAUUAUGUUCAGACACCGAAA